AUGAUUGACCGUUAUAGCUCUAUCACGUUGGACCGUCCGUGCGCCAUUUCAGACAAAUACAUCCGUAUUGGAUUUCCAGCGGAUGCCAAUGAUGAAGACAUAGAGGCCGCGGAUGAAUCUGGGUCUUUUCCCAACCUGGACGCCUUCUGUGCCGCCUCCUCUCUCCAUUCGCCGUCUGGUGGUGCGAACACCGAGAUGUCUGUUUUCUUCGCUUGCCUCAGACUCCGUCAAAUCACUUCCUCGAUUCAUUCUAAGUUUGGCGACAAAGUAACAUCUAGAGAUGCACGGCAUAAAACUACAGCCAGGGGAGCUAUCUACGCCGAACUCGAUCAGCUUUUAACUAAACUCCACGGAUGGCGCCGUACGACUCCUUCAUUUGAUAACCCACGGAGUCUGUACGAGAUGCAAGACUGGUACGACCUUCUAUACUUCAGAGAGCGGCUGCAGCUAGUGAGGAAGGCCAUCGAUUUGGUGCCUAAGCGGAAUGGCAUUCCACCAAGAGAUCUUUUGUCCCUGUGCCUGCAAUGCGCAGCUGGGGCAAUAACUGCUUUCUGGAAGCUCUUUGAGCCCAAGAGAAUCACAUUCACACGGAGCUACUUUCAAAUGCUGUUCACCGCUGGGCUUUCUAUCAUGUACUGCCUCUCCGUGGUAGGGGAUUUUGAUCCUGCAUCUAUGAAGGCUGGAACCGAUGCUGUGACGACUUGCGAGUAUAUCUUGAAGCAGAUGGGAGUCGACUUGUCUGAUGCAAAGCGCUAUGUCGCCGUCUACGAGGCGCUCCGCGGCUAUGUCAUUCGCAAAUACAGUCGACAUUUACAGUCAGAUCUACAACCUGGGGAUAGCCUUCUUGCUUCGACACCAUUCUUCCACCAAUCCUCUGCUUCUAACUUUGGGGUUUCCCACAACGAAAGGAAUGAGGACAAUAUCCCCAACAUCCAAAUUCCCUCCUUUGGCGGGUUCGGCUCUAUCCAAAACCACACCGAACAAAACCCGGGAGGGUUGCCACUUCUCGACACUCAGUUAGAGGAUCCUCAAAUGAUGCAUGGCGCAGUUGAUUCUCUCUACAAUGACGCCUCCAUAUCCGAUGGAUCCGUUCUUUCUUGGAAUAUCUUUGGGGACGAUGCCUUGUGGAACAUGGAAGCUGGCUUGAACGAGUAUGCGUAUGGUGACCCUCCACCGACAUUGUAUUUGGAAGAUCCUUUUGAUUUGCAAAUCAUAAUGUAA